AUGGGAUUUAUUUAUGAGUUAAUGGAUGUUGCAAAAGAGAAGAUUGCUUUUAAUUGUGGAAAAGUUGAAAGAAGGUAUAAACCAAUUUGGAGAAGAAUAGACGAAAGAUGGGGCCCACAACUUCAUCAACCUUUACAUGCUGCUGGUUAUUAUUUGAACCCUCAACUACGUUAUGAAGAAACCUUUUCUAAUGCUGAUGAAGUGAGGAAGGGAUUGGAAGAUUGCAUGACUAGGAUGUUGUCUUUUGAGGAUCGUAUGGCUGCUGAUAUUCAGUUGGACUUGUAUGAUGAGGCAAAAGGAGAGUUUGGAAGUCGUCUUGCUGUGAAUUCAAGGAAACUACAAACUCCAACAAAUUGGUGGAAGCGUUUUGGAAGGGACACACCUGAGUUGACGAAGUUUGCUAUUCGGGUCCUUAGCCUUACUUGUAGUGCAUCUGGGUGUGAGAGGAAUUGGAGCACAUUUGAGCAGAUUCAUACAAAGAAAAGAAAUAGACUUGAACAUCAAAAGCUCAAUGCUCUAGUAUAUGUGAAGUAUAAUACGGCAUUAAGACAGAGAAGUAUUAGAAGGAGGUCAGAUAUUGAUCCAAUAUUGGUGAAUGAAAUUGAGUCCGAUGAUGAAUGGAUAGCUGAGCCUAUUGGUGAUCCUAGGACUCAAGAGAGAGGGAAUAUUCAUGUUAGGACUCAAGAUCCUAUUAUUGAUGAUGAUCUUAUUGUUGAUGAUGAUGUUCUUCUUUCCUCGUUAGCUUCAAAAAAGAGAAAAGAUGGUGAAACCUCAAGUAAGAGGAAAGUCAAAAGCAAGUCCAUAAGAGCGAUGCUUAUGGAUGAAGAUGAUGAGAUAGAUAAAGAUCCUUCAACAUUUGAUAGUGGGAAAUAUCCUUUUCAUAUUGAUACAGAUGAUCAAUAUGAUAGUGAUGCUAGUUUGAAUGAUCUUAGUGUUGAGGAGUGGGAUGAGUGA